ACAAAAAAUGGUAUGUACAUGUAUAAUUAGGUACUCGUACAUUAUAAAUGCAUAAAUACAUAAUAUUGCAUAUAUAUGCUUCCUUGCAUGAUUUGACAGCCAAAUACAUUUGUUUCUCACCAUCCCACACGCUACGGGCAGCACAAAUCUUGUGCCUUCCAAGAGCACAGCCCUGUUAUACAUCAAACAAAUUGCCCAAAGAUUGUAACAUUAACACUCCCUUUGCACGUUCAAUUUACACACCAAACUCUUCCUCCUAUUCCAAACUUUCGUCUCUUUCUCUCUCUAAAUCCUCAUGAGAGUUACGUGCAGUUAUCGCUACUAUAAACACAAUUCUUAACACCCCUUUUUUUUCUUGUUAACUGAAUUUUUUUCUUAGUUUUUGCUUCUGCAUGGAUGGAUCACAAGGAGACGGUACAUCCAGGAAUCGUCGCAAGGGUUCGGGAAAGCGCGCCGAGAUGGCUACAGGGUCGCCACGGCCGCUUAAUGCGCCUUGCGGUGCAUGCAAAGUCUUGAGGAGGAAGUGUAUUAUUGAAUGCGUAUUUGCUCCUCAUUUUGGCUCGGAUCAAGGAGCUGCUCGAUUUGCAGCUGUGCAUAAGGUGUUCGGGGCGAGAAAUGUGUCGAAGCUCUUGUUGCAUAUUCCAGCUAACUGGCAACAUGAUGCAGUCGUCACAAUAUCGUAUGAGGCUCAGGCAAGACUCUCGGAUCCGGUUUAUGGUUGUGUGUCAACAAUUAUUGCCUUGCAGCAGCAGGUGGCAUCUCUUCAAGAGGAGCUUUCAUUGGUGCAAACUCAGCUGAUAAACAGUAGAUACGCAAUGGUGAAUGCCCUUCAGAAUUCACCAUCGCAACCACAACAUCAUCAGCAGCAACAUGUUUCAGUGUUACAGCCAGCUUACUCGAACACUUCUGCUUCGAAUAAUAAUCUUAUUAACAUCAACAAUUUCAGCACCACGACUAGCCUCGAACAGACUGCUGCUCCCUCUAACAGUCUUGAGCCUAGUCGACGAACAUUCCCGUCUGGACAAGAUGACGAGGAGGAGGAAGAAGAAGAAGAUGAUGAGAGUCGCGAUCCAAUAGCAUUCACUAAUCAGAUAUUCCACUGAGAGAUGUAUAAUUUUUUUUCGAAUUAAUAAUAUUUAUAUGGUUGCAUUGUGAUUAGAGAAUAUAAUGUUUUAAGUA